AUGUCUGCAUUGUCAAGAAAGAAAAGAAUUUUGAAUUUAGCGCUACAAAUUAAUGAAAAUAAUUGUUCUGAUCCCACUACGUACAGAAAUAACAAUGAAGAAAGGAAUAAUCUUGAAUCUGCAAUUGAACGUGACAGCAAUACUAGCUCCCCGCUACCGUCCGAUGCCCAAAACAUUAUCGUCGAAAUGGCAGAAGUAUAUCAUGCCGUAUUUGAUGAGACUAUCCAUACAGAUGUACCAGAACUACAACUUGAAGCUACCGAAAAUCAUAUUCAUACCACAUGUCAGCAAGUAGUUUCACCCUCUAACACCAAUACAACAGUAUCUGAAUGGCGCCUGCUUGUGCGAUGGGCAAAAACAGAAGGAGAACCAUAUUUAGUUAAAAAUAUGAUACAGGAAAACUUCUUUAACUUUAAGACCCAUGUAAGUGACAAACUAUGGAACAAAAAUUUAAGAAAACAAAAAAUAUUGUGGACUAAAGUUAAAGAAGUUUUCGUUGACAACGCUGAACCAAAUAAAUUGUACAUCAAGUAUGAUUUAAAUGCAGAAUCUUAUGAAUGCUUAGUUUUACGAAACGAUACUAGAAACUCAUCUGUAUUGCCUGUCUUAGAGCGUGCUUAUUCUUCACCACUUAAGUUAACAAAAGAUAAAUAUAAUGAUUUGGAGAGCAUGUGCAGAACAGGUGUUAUAAAUGCCACUAAUGCAAUAUUUUUUAGAUCUUUACCCUACAAAUCUAACAAUGCAAAUGACGACUUAAGUGAUGAAAGUAAUGAAUAA